GCGUAAUUUAAAUAAAAGUUAAACCCGCGAAAAAGCAAAUGGAAACUCGCCGUCGCCGUCGCCGUCGCCAGUGCUCAGCUCUACUUCGGCUUUUUGGAUUGCAUUGUCUGUUAUGUUAGUAAGAAGUUAAUUAAGAGGUGUAAAAGCAGAAAAUGGCGGAUAAGAAAGGAAUGGAACAGCUUGUUUUACGGAUUUUGGAAGGUGAAGAAGGGGUUCAUGGAAGUAGUAAAGAUCUUAAUAAACCCUCUGUUGGUUCUUUUCCUGAUUUUGACCUAAAAGAAACUCGGAGUUUUAGGUGCACGAUUCCACGAUCCUUGGUUGGGAGUUCUCCUUCACAUGAGAUUUCCAGAAUGACUCCUCUUAAACCUCCAAAAAUUCCAGGCGAAACGGUGACACGGCGUGCAUCAUUUGCUUGUUCGUCAUUUUCGAAGCCGAAAUCGAGGCUUAUAGAACCUCCUUGUCCCGAUGGUGAAAGUUUAGCAGAAGAAAAAGCUCUAGCAAAAUCUUCACUGUAUGGCUCUCCUAAGGUGGAUUCUCCAGCUAAGAUAACCGCUGUGACUAGUCCUAAAGAAGCUUUGAAGGCGACCCCGAUAACUCCGAAAACACCGUUGAUUGGAACUACUGGGAAUGAGGAGGAAGAUGAUGAAGAAGUUUACAAAACUGCAGAACUGAAAGUGAAAGAAAAAUCUGAAAAGAGAUUGAAGAAAACAGUUAUAGUGGAAUGGGUUGCAUUUUUGUGCUUAACAGGGUGUUUGAUUGCUAGCUUAACUAUAGACACGUUGGUGACCAAAGAGAUUUGGGGAUUAGGACUGUGGAAAUGGUGUGUGCUUGUAUUAGUUAUUUUCUGUGGUCGUUUGUUUUCGCAAUGGUUUAUCAAUUGUCUGGUUUUCUUGAUUGAAAGAAACUUUCUACUUAAAAGAAAGGUUCUUUAUUUUGUCUAUGGGCUGAAGAAGAGUGUCAUAAUUUUUAUUUGGCUGGCUUUGGUUCUUCUAGCCUGGGGUCUAUUAUUUGAUCAAAGCAGCAAGAGAUCUAAGAAAGGCAACGAGAUUCUGAAUUACGUUACACGAGCUCUUGGUGCUUCUCUAAUUGGAGCAGGACUAUGGCUGGUUAAAACUUUGUUGGUGAAGAUACUCGCUGCUUCUUUUCAAUGCACUAGAUUCUUUGAUCGGAUUCAAGAAUCGAUCUUCCAUCAAUAUAUACUACGCAUCCUAUCAGGACCUCCGCUCAUGGAGAUGGCUGGGAGGGUCGGGAGAGCGGCAAGCACAGGACAGUUGAGUUUCAAGCAUUUGAAGCAAGAAAGUGAUGAUGGGAAUGAAGGGAAGGAAGAGGUUAUCGAUGUAGAUAAACUCAAAAAGAUGAAGCAAGAAAAAAUCUCUGCUUGGACCAUGAGAGGGCUAAUCAAUGUUAUAAGGGGUUCAGGAUUGUCCACCAUCUCUAAUACAAUAGAGAAUUUUAAAGAGGAAGAGGUUGAGCAAAAGGAUAAGGAGAUUAACAGUGAAUGGGAAGCAAGGGCUGCAGCUUACCAAAUUUUCCGAAACGUUGCAAAACCGGGUAGCAAGUAUAUUGAUGAAGAGGACCUCUUUCGUUUUAUGAGUAAGGAGGAAAUUGAUAAUGUGCUGCCGUUGUUUGAAGGAGGAGCAGAAACUGGGAAGAUAAAGCGAAAAACCCUGAAGAAUUGGCUGGUGAAUGUUUAUGUCGAACGCAAGUCGUUAGCUCACUCAUUGAAUGACACCAAGACUGCCAUAGAGGAGCUAAACAAGCUUGCUUCUGCAGUUGUACUGAUUGUGAUUAUCAUUGAAUGGCUACUUCUCAUGGGUUUCUUAACUACACAAGUACUCGUCUUCAUUUCAUCACAGAUUCUAUUGGUGGUUUUCAUGUUCGGUAAUACUGCCAGAACUGUAUUUGAAGCCAUCAUAUUCGUAUUCGUGAUGCAUCCAUUCGAUGUUGGGGAUCGUUGUGUCGUAGAUGGUGUCCAGAUGGUUGUUGAAGAAAUGAACAUUUUGACCACAAUCUUCUUGAGAUAUGAUAAUGAGAAGAUCUUCUAUCCAAAUUCUGUUCUAGCCACCAAACCCAUUAGUAACUACUACAGGAGCCCCGAAAUGAGCGACUCGAUCGAUUUUUCCGUCGACUUUUCCACCUCAAUAGAAAGCAUUGGAGCUCUAAAAGCAAGAAUAAAGACAUACUUAGAAAGCAAACCGCAGUUCUGGCGACCGAACUACAGUGUCGUUGUGAAAGAAAUCGAGAAUGUCAACAAAAUGAAACUAGCUCUAUGUGUUAAUCACACCAUAAACUUUCAGAACUACGGCGACAAGAGCAAUCGUAGAUCGGAUUUGGUGUUGGAGCUGAAGAAAAUUUUCGAAGAUCUGGGUAUCAAAUACCAUUUGUUACCUCAAGCAGUUCAGCUCAACUAUGCGAGUUCAGCAGCUGGUGGGGUUCCACUUCCACCCUCUCAAAGAUGAAGGUGCGAAAGGUCAUUUCUUGAGUUUUGCUCAUUUUCUUACAAAACUCUCAAAUACAAAAACAAUGUCUAUUCUCAUGAAUGGCUUUGAAGUUUGAAUCUUUGAUAGGAAGGGAACAAGUUUUGAGGGUCUAGAGUAAGGCAAAAAGAAAUUAAUUGUAAAAUAUUGAUUAGUUGUUUUCAACAAAUUUUGAAUUUUAUUUAUGGAAAUUGUAAGA